AUGAGGAUCCAUCACCUGCUGCUGGCCUUGCUCUUCCUGUUCGUGAUGCCUGUCCCAGGCCGCGGCGGCAUCAUCAACACGCUGCAGAGGUACUACUGCCACGUGCGAGGCGGCCGCUGCGCCGUGCUCAGCUGCCUGCCCCGGGAGGAGCUCAUAGGCCGCUGCUCAUCCACGGGCCGCAAGUGCUGCCGGAAGAGGAAAUGA